AAGAGAGAGGGAAGGAGCUCCAGAGAAAAAAAAUGAAGAGCACAGAAUAAAAGGAGCAGCUAGAUCUUUGUAGCUGUUCCUAUUUUAAUCUUUGUACCAAUAAAAUAAAGGAGCAGCUAGAUCUGAGGAAAGAAACCAAACACUGUAAUAUAUACACAGAUAUUCAUGGAAGGAUUGGUGAAUUCGUCUAGAAUUACUGCCAUUGGGACUCAUUUUAGGCAAAAGAGCCAUGCUUUUGUUCCUACAUCUUCAGCGCAAUUCACCAAAAGUUUGUAUAGAAAUAGAAAUAUUGGGAUAGAGCAGCACCACAGAUCUCUCAAGCCAAUUGCUGCUUCGAUUCAACCAGUAGAAGCCUCCCCAUCGAGCCGCUUUGGCAACAUGCUACCUUCUAAAGAGGUUCUUGAGUUAUGGAGAAAUGCUGAUGCGGUCUGCUUUGAUGUGGAUAGCACGGUUUGCCUCGAUGAGGGCAUUGAUGAACUUGCAGAAUUUUGUGGAGCUGGAAAGGUUGUUGCAGAAUGGACUUCUAGGGCAAUGAGUGGUUCAGUACCUUUUGAGGAGGCUUUGGCUGCCAGAUUAUCUUUGUUUAAUCCAUCCCUGUCUCAAGUACAAGAUUAUCUUGAAAAGAGGCCCCCAAGGAUUUCUCCUGGCAUCACCAAAUUAGUCAAGAAGCUGAAAGCUAAUGGAACCACAGUCUACCUGGUCUCUGGAGGUUUCCGUCAAAUGAUAAAACCUGUUGCAUCAAUUCUUGGGAUUCCGCCAGAAAACGUGUUUGCCAAUCACCUACUAUUUGGAAGUAAUGGAGAGUUUGUCGGCUUUGAUGAAAAUGAGCCCACUUCAAGGAGUGGAGGAAAAGCCACUGCAGUGCAACGGAUAAGGAAGGCUCAUAAUUACAAGGAAUUAGUCAUGAUUGGGGAUGGUGCGACUGAUCUCGAGGCACGUCAACCUGGAGGUGCUGAUUUGUUCAUCUGCUAUGCUGGUGUUCAACAUCGGGAGGCUGUUGCAGCAAAGGCUGAUUGGCUUGUUUUUAAUUUCGAAGAGUUGAUAAGUUCCUUGGAAUAGCCUUUACUCUUCUGUGGCCCAUUGAUUCCUAAUUUCAUGCUAUUGUUUCUUUAUCAGUCUGCCUGCCCUGCUGCAUUAUAUGCUUAGAUCAGUCCUAUUACUACAUGGUGGCUUGUGCUUCGUGUAUAAGAAGAUGAAUAAAGAGUGAGAGAGCAUUGAGUGGUUCUUAGGAUGUUGUACUUGUGAAAUUAGUGUCGCAAUUAAUGUAAAACAUAUUGUUGCAGAUAUACUAGUUUGAAAGCUUAUACAUUAUGAAUCUGAGAUCAAUAUCUUUACCCUGAAA